CCAUGAUGCAUCCAACCUGGUCGCCAGGUUAAUCGCGCAUCAGGACACUAUGGGGUUCCCUCGACUACUCUCAAUCUUUUACUGCACCUUCCACCCUAUUCAAGGGCCAAAGGUGCUCUACGAGGUACCAGAGGGAUCGAUCCUUUCAAAGUCUUCGCCUCUUGUUGACUUCGACUCCAUCUCCGAGUACCUUAUUCCCAAGGUCGAGCUGUGCUCAAAGCUCGUUACCAUUUCGACCCCGACUUGCAAGGUCAUUGGAUUUCCCGUCAACCUCGAGCACAAGAAGUUUCAGCGGAAUGCGCUCAUGUUUAACUUGGCGUUUGUCUUUGAUAAGGACGCCGAGACAUCCUCCUACGAGCCCGUUGUCAGGAAAAUGGCUCGCGUCUUGAAGGCGUUGGAGAAGGAGAGUGAGUUCUUGAGUCGACAAACACGACUAGCGAUGAUGGGCAGUGGAUCAUUGGUGAACGCGACUCUCCCAGCAAUCGCUCCUUCGACACCGGCAACAGUCGCUUCAACUGCAAAUAGCUUCCAUGCGGCUAACGUUGCGUCAGGUAAAGCCGCGGCAGUUGGAACCUCCAUGACCGAGCUGAUCCAAUCAAACAACGGUAACAGCGGCAAUGGCAUCCUGGAAAUGGUAACAGAAUCGGCUGCCAGCUUUUCUAGCACAGAUGCAAACGGAACCACCACAGCACUAGGACAACCGCAAACUAUCAAUGGCACCUCGCUGUCUUCCUCUUUUUUAACCUCCAGUGGCCUCUCAGUGCCUAUGGAAUCGGCUUCACCUAUACCAGUUCCACAAACGACACAGCAGGGAACAAGCACGAUCACUUCCAAUGGAAUCGUCUCCUCGCCACCGUCCAUAACCAACAGCAGCAUCACAUUGGUCUUGACGGCGCCACCAUCAUCGUCGCCUUUUCCACAAUCAAAACUAUAUUCAGUAUCCAACUCGAAUAGUGCCACUAGCGCUGCAAACGGAGUUUCAUCUGCGACGACAGCACAGAAGGGCAUGCCAUCACCGUCGUCUCUGCUUGCGGAAGAGCAAGCCGACGGGAGCGGGAUGCAGAACCUGAUCGAGCAAUUGAUCGAGGACCUUAACAGCUAUUGUGAAUGUCAAAUCCCUAUCGAUUCUGCAAACACAAUCAACUUGAAAUUAUUUCCGACAUAUCCAAAUCCAGCGCCGGUAUACGAUUACCAGGUUCCAAUCUCCACUGUCAAUCUGGAGGCGCUCGCGGACGUCAAUUGGGAUAUGACAAUGCAGCGGAUCACAGUGUAUAUAAACGGCGUUAACUCUGUGAAGCGAAUCGCAGAGUAUGCCGACGUAGAAACCGCCUUGGCAAGAAUGUGCAUGCAACAUCUCCUGUAUUACGGAUGCAUCAUCAUGGUGGACUUAUUCCAAUUUAAGAACAUCUACGCCGUCAAGCUGGAGAUGAUGCGUUUGACGGAAGAUGUGGCUCUGCAGAACGAGUGCGUCUCUUAUGUGACAUUGCCAGAUAUGCACGCCCCCUCAUUCGCAAAGAUCUUUUCGCUUUAUUGUUCACUGCAAUACGGCGUUGUGUUACAGGACUGGAUUGAGCAGAAUCAAAUUGCAGACUACAACAUUGAUGUCCGACGAUUUAUCUCGUUCGGUGUUAUCAAAGGAUUCCUGUAUAGGGUGCACAAGUAUCCUAUCUUGGACUACCACGACCCAGCAAGCGCAUUGGGCAUCAACUCCGCAUCAUCCAAUUCUAAGUCAAUAGAAACAUCCGCAACUAGUCCGGCCUCAGCAGUUGCAGUGUCAACGCCUUCAGCCACAGCAGGCAAUGCGACCGCUAUCACAAGCAGACCUGGAACACCAUCAACAAUGGCCUCCGUAAAGAAAACGUACGGUGAUUCUAUGGCACCAAAUAACCAGGGCCUGCAUUAUCAAAACCACCACUCAAAUGAGCAUCCUGCAGCUUCUGUCGCAAUACCCCCAGCUCUCAAAAAGCUAUUGAAUGGCGGGCACCAUUAUGAUGAACUAUGCACAAUGUUUGGCUGCAGUGUAAGACAAAUGGACGAAAUCCUCGCCUCCGACACCCGUGUGAAGUUCAUUUACCGCUGAGAAGCAAUAAAAAAUGGACAAAGGCACAUGAUUUGUGUUUCCAUGCUACUUUCCUGUGGUUAAGUAUAUUCAACACUUUUUCAAAUCGGCGCAUGUUGGUUCAGCAAAUGGACUGUCUGUCCGAAAUGACGACGAAUUUGGACGAGAUGAUCGCUUUAUUCCUGCGUAGAGUCGCUUUUAAAUCGAGUGUUUAAAAAAGAACUAGACGGUCUUUUUUUUUAACGGAGACGACGGGCCUCACGCUCGGACUCCAUAAGGCAGAGGAUAUCGCCUAAAUGAAAAUAGUGGAGAGUAACAAAGGCAGAUGAUUAGAUGAGAUCAUUGUGCUAUUGGAUGUGUAGCCGAAGGCCGGUGUCCUGAAACAAACUCCAUGAAAUGUGUCAGCCCGGAUAGCACUCAACCUAAAUUAUCCUGAUGAAACAGAGGUCUUGUUGAGGAGAAAGAUGCCGAUCUAGCGAUGUACGUCGAUCCCGAAAACGAUAA